CUGCGCGUCGCCGCUCGCUUACUGCUGGGCCUCGGAGCCGACCUGCGCCUCCCUCGGCUCCGGCGGGCCUCGGGGAGAGGGGUAGAAGAUGUCUAUGGAUGUGACCUUUCUUGGGACAGGAGCAGCAUAUCCAUCACCGACCCGGGGCGCCUCUGCGGUGGUUCUUCGGUGUGAGGGCGAGUGUUGGCUCUUUGACUGUGGGGAGGGAACACAGACCCAGCUUAUGAAAAGCCAGCUUAAAGCAGGGAGAAUUACCAAGAUCUUCAUCACGCAUCUCCAUGGAGACCACUUCUUUGGCCUUCCAGGCCUCCUCUGUACCAUCAGCCUGCAGAGUGGCUCUGUGGUCACCAGGCAGCCUAUUGAAAUCUACGGCCCUGUCGGGCUUCGGGACUUUAUCUGGAGAACCAUGGAGCUCUCUCACACGGAGUUGGUUUUUCCUUACGUGGUUCAUGAGCUAGUUCCUACAGCUGACCAGUGUCCUAUGGAAGAGCUAAGAGAAUUUGCACAUGUGGAUGAAGCAGACGGCUCUCCCAAAGGACAAGGACGAACUAUCUUGCUAGAUGCAGAAGAAAACUCAUACUGUCUGGUUGAUGACGAGCAGUUUGUGGUAAAAGCAUUUCGCCUCUUUCAUAGAAUUCCAUCCUUUGGCUUUUCAGUUGUGGAAAAGAAGCGUGCUGGAAAACUCAAUGCACAGAAGCUGAGAGAUCUCGGUGUGCCACCUGGUCCUGCCUAUGGGAAGCUGAAAAAUGGAAUUUCUGUUGUUUUGGAUAAUGGAGUUACAAUUUCUCCCCAAGAUGUCUUAAAAAAGCCUAUGGUUGGAAGAAAAAUCUGCAUCCUGGGUGACUGUUCUGGGGUUGUGGGGGAUGGGGGAGUGAAGCUGUGCUUUGAAGCAGACCUGUUGAUCCACGAGGCGACUCUGGAUGAUUCCCAGAUGGACAAGGCGAGAGAGCAUGGCCACAGCACACCACAGAUGGCAGCCGCGUUCGCAAAGCUGUGCCGUGCAAAGAGGCUAGUUCUGACUCACUUCAGUCAGAGGUACAAACCAACCGCCUUAGCUAGAGAAGGGGAGACAGACGGCAUCGCAGAACUGAAAAAGCAAGCUGAGUCCGUGUUGGAGCUCCAAGAAGUGACUCUGGCAGAAGAUUUUAUGGUGAUUGGCAUUCCCAUCAAGAAGUGAAGCCCACGCUCCUGAGUGCAUAAGUGUGGACAUGGGAUGGAUGUAUUACCAGACCUGCACUACACGUUUUUUUUGUUGUUGGUUGUGAGUGAUUUUUUCCCUUAAAAUUACUUUGGCCUAUUAAUCCUAAAGAUGGAGCUGGAUUGUUGAGCUGACUCAGUAGUGAGAGGGACCAAGAUUUUCAACAAUGAGUCAUUUUUAAAAGAUGAAAAAAUUUAAAUAGUUUAAAUUCUAAAUAUGAAAAAUCCUUCUUAAAGUGAAGAUGUGACAAAAUAAUUCAUUGUGCAGGGUACUUAUUUUGUGGCUAUUGCUACAGAUAGAGUUCAACACUCUGUGCAGUGUUGGAUAUAGCUUUGCCCAGCUUAGUUGCCAUUACUGGCAAAAUAUAUAGGACUGGGUCACUUGGCUACAAAAGUAGUAGCAGAAUUUGUAUAGAAUUUGUGUUCCUGACACAGAGAUAAAUGUAUGGGGCAAUACACGUGCAGUAUUGAUAACAUGGUGGUGGUUUCGAUGAAACAGUCAGUGCAGGUUUGGACUAAGUUUUAUCUUAGCAUUUUCUUCAACAGUCUGGUUUCUUUUAACACAUGGUCCUGGGUAGUCUACUGAGAAUUAGAUAUGUUGGGAUUGUUUUUCCUGUUUCCUCCAUCACUACAGAGGGGAGAUGGUGACAGCACAGUAGUUUAGUCAGUGGGGGUCAGGAAUGCCAUCUAUGCUGCACAGUUUGCGUUAGUCCUGAAUAAUAAUUACCUCAAAGUUCUAGGUCUGUUCAGAGACACAAAUUAAAAACCUUUAUUCCCAAUGUGAAUAUGCUCUGCCAAAGUUAAUAAUAUACUGGAUUUAAUUAAUAGACGAGCCAGCUCCUCCAAUAGGAGGUAAAGGAUGUGCAUGUUAGAGUUAGGUGCCACAUCAGGUAUUAUUUGCAAAAAUGAGUCAUCAAGUGAUUCUUACAGAUGUGGCAAGAGACAGUCACCUCCACCCCAGGGAGAGCCUGCCUCAGGCCUAGUGGUCCUGAGCUGCAGUGUGAGUUGAGUGUGGAGUUGGAUAGAGAGCUGCUGCCUCUGCUUCCAGAGACUAAGUUAGGAGGUCAGAGUGGACCCGACACUGUGUUGCUAAGCUGCCUGGGUGAUUCUGAAAGACAUGGAUACUGAACUAGCCUAGGAGAAAAAAACUGUCUUUUUUUUUUCUAUGUAUUUAAAUUGAGGGUAUAUAUAUUUUAUAGAUUCUUAUAUAUAUGUUUGUGUAUUAUAUACUUUAUGCAUGCAUAUUUUUACAUGAAGGCUGACCUCCCUCCACUAUUUUCCUAAAGCAAAAUAAAGAUAUUUUAUUGGACAAACAAAAGCUAGGAGUUUAUUAUCAGAAAAUCCUCUGUAAGAAAUUGAGAGGCAUUAUUUUGGCACAAUAAAAAGAAUGUUGGAAGGUUGAGAAACCAUAAAGGGGCAAAGAGACAGGUGUUCUGGAGGGACACUGACUGCAGGGCCCACCAACAAGGCCGGACCAACGUUCUCAUUAGCAUCACAUAGUCUCUCAAAGUGCGGGACUUCGUGUCAUUCUAGAGUUGUAUCAUGUAAUAAUGUCUUUAUCUCUGAGCACUGAGGUUGUUUUCUGUGAGUAGAAGUAAACCUGACGUGAGGUUCUUGUGUUCAAAUCUCUAUCUCCGAGCAGUUCCUCCUUUCUAGUACGCUGUGUUAAUAACAUCUUAGUUAGGUGUGGUGGCACAAGCCUGUUACCUUGCCAUUGGCCAGGCUAAGGCAGGAAAAUAUGAGCCUGGGAUACAUAAUAGAACUUUAUCUUUAAAAAAAAAGACAGAAAAAGCUAAAUGUGACUUGUAACAUAUUUUCAUGUUCAUUCACAUUCUUCACUGCCACACAGGAGUGGCCUGCUUUAUUCUAUUGAAGAUAUGACUUCAUCAACUUAAAGACCUAAGUCCUACCCUCUCUUUCAUCUCUCCCUGUUUUUAACAAGGUCUCACCAUGCAGCCCAAACUGGCCUGAAGCUUAAAGCACUCCAGCUUGGGAGCUGGGGUUAUAAACAUGUGUUUAUUAUCUGCCCAUAAUAUUUUGAAUACUUCUUUCCCAAGAAAAUGUUACAAUUUUUAGGCUGGGAGUGUAGCCUGGUGGUAGAGCACUUGCUUCCUUUUGAUCUGUAGUAUUAAAAAGGAAGAUGAUUUUUGCCUCCUGGUACAAUUAUCUUUAAUACAGAUAAUUCAACUCUUUUUUUUCUCUAAAUAUUCUGAUGUCAGCUUGAAAUUUUGCUACUUUUUCCCUUAUUAAUGAAAUAAGAGUCCUUCCCAAAUGUGUCUAUCCCAAAUGGAUGGUGAUGGUACUUUAUCUCACAAAGGUAUAUGUUUACAGUAAAAUGAACUAGAUCUGUCUUUACUGACAGAUUUGAGGACUAGUGAAAUGGAGAUUAAUAGGAGUAUUGACCCCCUUCUUUCUCUUUCUUCUUUUUUCCUUUAAGAUUGGGGUCUCAUGUAGCCCAAGGCUAGCUAGCCUUGAAUUUGCUAUGUAGCCAAGGAUGACCUUGAAUUUGUGAUGCUUCUGCUUCUAUGUCCAGAAUGCUGAGGUAACCGUCUUAUGUCACUAUGCUGGGUCUAUGUGAUGCUGAGCAUGGAGCCCACGCUAGGUUUACUUGGUGCUGAGGAUGGAGCCUAGGACUCCAUGCUUGCCAAGCAUCCCAGAGCUCAAGUGUGUGGGGCUUUGGUUUGGUUUGGUUUUUAGGGGAUACUAAAAAGGAAGCACUGAUGCACCUUUGAAAAUUCUUUCUUGACAGAAAAGAACUAAGUCUAAAGGGAAACUGUGGGAUAAUAGUGUGUAAUUUUUCUUUUCUUCGGUGUACAAAAAUGAAAAACAACUAUUUAAGCACAUUAUGUUUUAAAAAGCAAGAGAAGUAGCUAGAAAUGUAGCUCAGGGGUAGAACAGUGGGUUAGCCUGAGCAAGGUCUUGGGCUUGAUCCCCAGUGUCUCUAUUGACCCUCCUCCCCCACCAGAAAAACAAGGGGGAAAGAGAGGGAACAUGAAUGGUUAAGAGUGGAUUCAGAUUACAAGAAUGUAUAAAAAUGUAAUGAUGAAACUCUUUCUGUAUAGUUAAUAUGUACUAAUAAUGUUUUUUAAGUGGAGAAAGAAGCCUUGGGAGAGAACGGGCAAGAAGUAGGGGAAGCAAGACAGGUUGCCGCUUCUGUGGCUUUAUGUAUCACUAGUACAAUGGAUGUUCUGACGGAGUGUAUGUAUAUACUCAUUUAGUACAGUGGUUAUGUCAUAGCACAUCCAUACAGAUAAGCUCCUCUGGAUAACUCGUCUCCACGUAGAUACUCCAGGGAGCUGACCGGUCAGGUCUCUGCAGUAUUCCUGUUCAUCAUCUGUACUACAGCCAGUGGGAGGUUUUUCCCAAGAUGUAAAUUUUUGCCAUUUUUCCCAGGCUUGAAACUUAGUAGUAGUCUGGCUUUACCCACCUCUCUAGCCUAAUCUUACCCCCCAGUGCUACUCAGGUUUGCUGUCCUGGCCUCAAGGUCUUCUGAUGUCACAGAGCUUUGCAGUGGCCUACAUCCUUCUCCUGAAAUGGCAUUUGCCAUUCCCCAAUCACCCUAGUGAACCUUUGCGUCUUAGCUCUGCUUUCAAGGCCUCGUGGAAGUCUGCCUGCCCAAGUCCUGCUAGGAAGUGUAUUUUCUCAGCCCCUCAACCCAUCUUCCUCACACUUGUCGGUCACAGCUUUGUUUUGCCUCUGUAUGUGAUGUUUUUCCUCCAUACCAGCUCUGUAAGCCACACAAGGUCAGAGCUCUGUCUGCUUCUGUUCCCUUUAUGACUAACUCAGUGCCUGGAACAUCAAAGGCAUUCAAUAAAGAGUGUUGACUGGGUCAUA